AGUGUCAUAAUGAGAUGACUUGUUUUUGUCAGAUACACACUUUUAAGACCAUUAUAAUUGAAUGUUUUUGUGUUAAUUUGAUAAAUUAGUUGAUGAUGAAAAAUUGUACUGUCAUGUGUAGGCCUGUAACUAUUACACGUGGGGAGGAUUCAGGAAAAAAUGAGGCCACGUGUUUACUGGCGGCGUGAACCAUGUUUUGUCGACAUAAGCACAUGGUCCCACCAGGCUUUUUGAGAUCUGUAAUGGAGUGUUUAGGUAUGGAGCCCUCUGACCCAGACAAGAAGGAGGUCAGACGGCCAAUGAAUGCAUUUCUUAUUUUCUGUAAGCGGCAUCGGUCAAUGGUUCGAGAGAAAAAUCCCAACCUUGACAAUCGAAAUGUUACCCGUAUCCUUGGAGAUUUAUGGGCAAAUCUAAAGGAGGAAGAAAAAACACAGUACACUGAUUUAGCCAAGCAGUAUAAGGAUGCCUUUAUGAAAGCUAAUCCGGACUACAAGUGGCACAACCCAGAGAAGGGCAUGCAACCAGCUGGGCUUUUGGCGAGAUCUCCAAUCAAAGGCAUGGGGCAAGACAACUUUGACUUUUCAAGAGCUGAACAAACCAUUACUCCUGGGAAAUUAGCAGAUCCUUCUGAUAUGGGGGGUUUGAGUCUCCUGUUCAUGGCAGGUCAACAGAAUCCACCAAAAGCAGCAGCCACCAACCCAGCUGUGCAUUUGUCAAGAGAAAAGAUGACUUAUCUGGAAUCUGGUAGGAAUUCGUCACAUGAGAGUCAAAAUGGGAGUGGCCGAGAUGAAGGUUGCAGCCCGGAGAAAGAGGACAAAAAUACUGUUUUGGCGUGUGGGAAAAUGGUAAUGGACUCCAUCAUAGAUCAGCUUUACUACUCAAAGUUGGAUGCUUCAGCUGAUCAGGAUGGAGCACAGCCAAGAAAAGGACCAUUUACAACAUUAACAGAGAAGCAGAAGGAAAGGUCACUCUUGCAUGAUCUCUCUGUGUCAAGGGAUGAACUGGAGAGAAAAUUGCUCCUUGGUGAACGGAUGAAUCGUGGAUCAGGGAUGGAUGUUACUGAAAGUGCUUUUGUUAAUCCAAUGAAGUCUACCAUGCCUGUUGAAUCAGAUAUGAACAGGAGCCAAAUGUUGCAAUGGUCUGGAUAUAAAAGAAAGAGGUGUUACUCUGAAGGUUUUAAGGAUACACCAGAAAUGAACACUCUUCAACCUUUUGUGAACCCUUUUUACAAAAAGGGAGACUCGAGUUGUGAUCUUGUGGAUGAAGAUGGGGAAAGUGAUCUUCAGCCUGUAAGAAAAUCUAAACGUCGGAACAGAGGGCAGCGCUAUCAGGAGCUGAUUAAUGAAGGAAUCAUACAACCCUCCAAAGACAGACAAGGCAUCAGUAAAUCCCCAGAGGAAGCCAUUAAAGAAGAGCAGAUGACAGUUCAGAGAGAGAGUGUGUUAAGAGAAGAUGACCAAGUGGACCUGAAUCCAAGAGACCACCUACGAUUUGAUGUACUGUCUGUUUAUCCUCGACAAAUUAGGAAGAGAACCCAGUCUGAGUCCGAGAAAGUUCGACUAGAAGACAGCAGCCGAUAUAAAACAGGGGAUUUUGACCUUGAAGCCCACAUAGCAACACUUCCUGCCUGUUCUUUGGAGAAGGUAACAAAACCAAAGAAGACAGCUCCGAAACUAAGAACUGCUUCAGAGAGCCGCACCUUCUCUACCAGCAGUGACAGCAGCUCUGCCACGGAAGUAAAACUAACCAUACCUCCUCACUUGAAAGUGAAGGCAGAGGACAUUCCGUCAGAGCCAGUUGUAGGCAGUAGAAAGAGGAAGGCUAGGAAGCACUCCAUCACACAUCUCAUGCCAGUUAAUAAAGGGGAUGGAUGUGUUAAAAAUUCCACCACUACAAAUGAAGAAAACUCUAGAGUAGAUAUGAAAGAAACCAAGGAUGUCAAGUUCGGGGAAGAAACAGACUUUACUAGAAUUAAGAAAGGAAGUGAUAGGUUAGACAGUGAAAAUAACAACAAUUCCUCAGACAGGAAGUCGCAGAGCCAGAGAAAUGAAGACAGCAAGGGGGGUAUCAAUGUAGCUGAAGCUAGAAUGCAGGAUAUUGUUGGAAAAAUAACCGAGAGGAAGGAAGAGGAUGCAUCCAAUUAUCUAUAUGCUAGUCAGGAAAAUGUGAAUAAAUCAGGUGGACGAGACCAUUUUCAAGAGAACAUUAAACUGAAAGACAAUUCAUCAUCAAGUGAUGGUCUAGCUGGGGGUGGAGGCUCAGCUUCAGCAAUCAGUAUGGAGGAGGAUACUAGUCAAAUACUUGGGAAGAGCAGGGAUACUGGUGUUGAUAACACUGCUGGCAGAGAAAUAACCCCAAAAGGGUUGGUUAAAUUGGACACCCUACAUGUUGGUAAUUUUUCUGACAUGGACAAAAUAGGAAUUGUGGGUCAUUCACUGGAAAUUGAUAGUUCUGAAUCCUUUACAGAAGAGGCUAAUACUGUGAGUGGGGGUCAAGUGAAGGGCAGGCAAGGAGAUAAUCUGAGUGAGGGUCAAGUGAAGGGCAGGCAAGGAGAUAAUCUGAAAGGUUCUGAUCAUUUAAAUACAGACACAAAUAUGGAAACCAAGGGAAUAUCUCAAAAUAAUCGGAGUCAACCGUGUGGAAACCAGGUUGCAGAGGUUAUCAGUUUUCACUUGGAUGAUACCAGAGGUGAAAGGUCACAGUUCACAUCACAGAAUAAUCCUCUGCAGACUGCUGUGGUGAAUUCUUAGUGGCUCAUUCAGUCUUUGCAGACCAACUUAUCAGUCAUACCUACAGUUGUCAAGAACUAUUCUGUUCAUGUUGAAAUGUGAAGUCUUGUUAGUUGAACCUGUUUACAUGUUCAGCAUAUCAGGCGUGUCCAGAGAACGUUGUUCAUUUCAGAAAUUUUGUCUUUUUAGAAUUUCUGAUGCCCUGUGUGUAUUUUAUGUUAUAUGUAAUCAAAUUGUAAAGCAAAAUUAUAAUGUAGUUAUUUACUGAAAGUCAUCAAAGCUUAAAGAAGCAUUGUUCUAAAAGCUUGUUGUGUCCCAUAUGCAAAGUUUAUAGAUCUCUUGCAAAAGCAAAUUCAUUCAACUAGUGCUGCUAUUGUUUCCAUUUUAGUGCCAUGUAAUGAAGUGCUUUUAAUAUUAAGUUAUUGCUAUGUGUUUUCCUAUUAGUCAUGGGUACCUUGGUGCAUUGUCAGCAUAUUUACCUAAGUGAGGAUUUUAUACACCCAUUGAUUGUUUGGGAAAUGCUAUCAACAUCAUUGUCUAUUACGGCAACAUUUUGAGAAAAUAAAUAAUACAGCUUUUAAAGCUGGUCUAUAGUUUAAAAAAGAAGGAUUAACCAGACCAAAGUUUGUAGUGGAAGGUUUAUGUUUUCCACAAGGAAAUAAAUAGAGGAUAGUCAACGUUUUGUUGUUGGAUAAAGAAUUUGUUUCAUGAGUGAGGCAGGAGUGUGAAGCACGAGUAAAAAUAAAAAAAUAAAAAUCCUGUCUCGUGAAAUAAAUUCGAUAUCCAACAACAAAAACAUUUAAUUUUCUGUUUAUUACAUUUUCAGUGAUUUUUCAUAAAGCGCUUUUAGCUGUCUCUGUAUUAACGCCGAUAAAUAGGCUAGAAAUCACUUGCACAGCGCAAGGACAUACCCACGAAGCGAGAAAUCGCCAUUUUGGUUCUUAUGUACUUUAUUGAUCAAAUUUGAAAAUGCAAGGUGGAGUUUGCAACGAAUCUUGAUGACUGAAGAUAUGUGUAGGCUACAGGUACAUCUUCACAGCUUGAGUUGCUCCAACAGGAAGUACCGGAAUGUUUAAAUCUAGGCCUGACAUCACAAAAAUGCGUCAUGUACCAGAAUAAGAUAUAUGAUUUGCAGUUUUUGCUUCUUAAAAAGCUUCAAACUACAAUAUAACUUACUAUACCAUGCGGCAUUGUCGGCAAUUAAAUUCAACACAGUAAAACAUCAGUAAAUUCACAGAUGUCAAUCGAUAUGACGUGAUAUCAUCUGGUACAUCUUGCAAGACAUGACGCAUUUGAUGCUUUGAUAGGUGGAUCAAGCCCCCCCCCCCCCCCCCCCAAGUAAAAGUUUAAUUCAAAUUAAAAAAAACAUUAAAAAUUAAUUAUAAUUUAUAUAAUGUAAAAUGAAGGUUAUCUUGUUUACUCGUUAUUUUUACAGUAUAAAUAAAAGAAAUAACUGAAAAUAUCAAUUUUUAUUCAAUGGAUAAAUUUCAGUAUUUCACUGUUGAAAAUGUAAUAAAUGUGAAUUACAUUGUAGUUGUACUUAGAUAGCAUUAAUAUUGGCCAAUCUUUCAAUAUAUUAAGCCAUUAUGUUAUAAUUUGUUGACGACUUGUUGUGAACCGCAAUCUGUGAUGUGUCUCCUUGUUUAUCAUGUUAAAACUCAAUUCAUCACUUACAGUGCAGCUGCAUAAAGGCCAUAUCUGUCGUCCAUAUAUCAUCAGGAAUUCUCUUUAAAAAUCAAUUUGUGGCCUCUCCAUACAAAACAUACAUCUGUAGUGAGUUUGAUCUUCGCCAAGUACAUGUACUUGUUAAACUUAACUCCUAUUUUAUAGAAAUUUUGAUAUUAUAAAUUAAGUAGAGCUUUAUUUGGUGAUUAACAUUUAAUCUUGGUCACCUGCUUCAUUUAUCAUUUAUCAUUAUCAUUUACUUGGGUUUUUUUGUACCCUGGGAAGAAAUUCAAUAUCCAUUGCUGAUACAUGUACGUACAUGUAAUGCACACUUCUAAUGAAUAUCAAAAAUCAGUUUUUGCUUUCAUACAUUGCAUCAGCUUUUUGACUAAUCAGUUUUUGCUUUCAUACAUUGCAUCAGCUUUUUGAAAUUGUUCUAAUUAUCUUGUGCCUGUAUAAUGUAUGUAAAUACUAUAAAAAUUUUGUGGAGGAUGUCUAGUAUGUUGGUAAUGUGAUGAUUAUAAACUACCCAAUCAACAAGCAGCUACUGUGCUUUUUGUUGUUAAUUUACAUAUAAUGGAUUAGUUUCAUAAUAAAUGAAGAUGGAUGUGAAUUGGCACAUCGUUUAAUGUUGCCUAGAUUAGUGUCAUUGAUUUUUAUCACUCCAUUUUUCAAUUUGAUUUUCACUGUAUCACAAGAUUUAAGGAUGAAAAAUGUUAUUCUACAGUAUGUCAAAUAUUAUUUUUACCAAAGUUAAUUUCAAAUUAUAGGUAAAUUACGAUAUUGAAAAAGGAUGAGGCCGUAUUGCAAAUUAGAAUUUCAAGGUUAUGUGUGUGUGUGUGCAUCGGGUUAGUACAUGUAGCAGGGGUUAAACUUUUUUGAAUUAUCUGUAUCUCAUUUGUUAAUGAGACUUUUGAAACUUUAUGUAUAGUUACAUUUAAUAAAGAAUUUUAGGACACAACAGGUUGUAUAAAUUUUUGACAUUGAUAUGUUUUUCAAAAACAUUGACAAGUAAAUUCAUAUACUGGGUUUCCUAUGUACAUGUACAACCGAGAGAUCAUUAUUAAACUUUGUAAAAUGUUUAAAUAAAUCUCAAAUUUU